CGAAGACGUUUUGCAAUCUUCAAUUGAUUGUUUUAAUGAUGGCCGAAGCAUUGAGUGACAGUAUUUGGUUUAGAGGUUUGGAUUUACCUCCUAGAAAUGCUAACACGGAAAUGAGCAUUAUAGAACUUAGAAAAUACAGGAAAUACGAUCGCCUCGUUUUGAUAAUGCACUUCCCACAUUACUACGAAGCGGCAAAAAAGGACAUAAUGCUUAGAACAUUGGUAAUUCGGGAAGCCCACAAAUAUUUAGAAAGGUCUGUCAAAACGGAGAACAUGCAACUGUUAUGCGAACGCUUGAAGGACGAAUUCAAACAAUACGAAGAGUCUUUGGCAGUGGAAGAACAUAUCGCAAAAAUAAGGUAUUUUUCUUACAAAAUCAAAUUUAGGAAAUUUUUUUGCAGUUACGGUAAUUUCAGUUCUCUCAGUGGUCGUGAUAUGUGUACGAUUGCUUCGAGAAAUUUUUUUCUUAGAAGAAUCAUCGUGCAGAAUUCCCACUUGAGGACUCUACUUCUAGGCGCUUUAGAGCAAGAAAUUGAAGAUGAUUCAGAUGACUCGCCUUUUCUUGAAUAUCUCGUCCGAUGUAUUAGAAAUAAUCUUUGGAGCAACUGA